AUGGCAGAUGAGCCAGCAGAACUGGCUUUGACAGAAGUAGAAGAGAAAAGCAAGGAAGAGGAGGACGAGGGCAGUGAGGUCAGGGACGAGAAAGAUGAGGCAAAGCCGAAAUUCCAGUCCCCGGCAGAUCCUCGGCACUUAGAAGCCUUGUCCAACCGCUACCCCGCAUGUUGCAGAAUUGAAGCUGCAGAGCACAGGGCGAUUUCUUUUGCACAAUUGCAAGAUGUAGUGAACUAUUCUCUGACAAGCAGCACUUGUUGGGACCUUGACACGCCACAUGGGCCAUGGGCGUUGACCCAUUACGAUAUCAUGAAAUGGCUUGUGACGCCUUCCACGCAGGCUCACCAAUGCUCAUUUACCGAACUCGUCGCAGCUGGUGCCCAGUCAGCCGAAGUUUAUGUGAGCCACUGCUUUGGGCAACCAGCACGAGAUAUGCUGGAAUGCCUCCAGCAGCAAUCAAGAACUCGUUUGCUUGGCGAUGCAUUCUUUUGGAUUUGGGCCUAUGCACAUCAACACGGUCAGAGCUUUGUGCCAGAGAGUUUGCAUGACUCAGAUGCCUUCCAGGCAAUGAAGGCCUCUCAAUGGGUUCUUCUGCCAUUGGGCAUGAGUUCCCUCUUCAGCAGAACUUGGUGCUUGAUAGAAGUUACGCUGGCUGUUGUGGAGCUGCAGAAACCAUUGGACAUGGUAGCCUUUGCAUUGGAGGGCCCCGUUGUUUUGACGCAGAGCCUCACAGAAGUUGAAUGCAGAAUGGAAAGCAAACUGCAAGGAACAGGCUUUCGUGAGAAGAACAGAAGGGAAGAGACGUUUCCAGCAGACGUUUUGACCGCUGCGCUUGACAUUGCAAUUGAGAGAUCAGACGCCGUGAGCAAGAUGGACCGGAACCGUUUGCUGCACAAGCUCCUAGAAGAACAAGGUGUGGACCUUGCGGCUGUGGCCUUGAAUCGGUAUUUUGAAAGGGUGAAUGUGAAGCUUCGUGGCCUUUUCGCCUCCAUGAUGUGGCUGCCCAUGGUUGAAUCCGAGAAGCUUCCGCGAAAUGCACUGGCCGAAUGCGUGAAAGCUAACGUAUCAAACGACUCCUUGAUCGUUAACUUAUGCGCGUCCAAGGUGGACGAUGCUCAUUUGUCACUGCUAGCAGGAUCCAUGCACAAUCAUCUCUCUCGAGUGGACCUGAACUUUUGCAUGUGCUCCAAACUCACUGGAAAGGGAGUCGAGGACUUGUGCAGGCAUAUGCCUCAAAAGCUGAAGACUCUGAAGCUAAACUUCAAGCAGCUUGGACAAAAAUUAGAAACGAGCCAGAAGUCAAUUCCUUUUGACACUUGCGGCCACUCUGAUGGCUGUUGCGCCAUAGGAUCAGAUAUAUAUUUUGGGUUCACACUAGUAGGACGUGUUUACGGGCAUCCGCUUUCCGCUUAA